AGAUCCUGCGGUCCCCGCUGGCGCUGCCCCCCGGCGCGCAGGACGAGCCACGCGGGGCCUCGGAAACACUCCAGGGGUUCAUGCAGGAUGUCGCCUCCCAGAACUACCGAAACUUGUGGCACAGAGCUCACCGCCUGUACGUGCAGCCCUACUGCCACGCGCCCAGGGUGCCCACGGCGCCGGCCCUGGACGUGCUCCGUGGGGCUCUCCAGAAGCUCUACGGCCUCCCUUUUCUCCCGGUGGGCAGGAGCGCGCAGUGCCCCUCUCCUGCCAAGGACGGCCCGGCAGCCCCAAAGGGGCCGUUCUGCCCAAACCUCCUCCAAGCAGAAGCUCUCCUGGAGUCAGCCAGCAUGCUGUACGUCAUCUACCCCCACGUGCAGUAUUGCUUGCAUGACAUGGUGACCUUCAGUCCCGCAAAGCUCGCCAACAGCCACGCCAAAGUCCUUUUCAUCCUCUUCCACAUCCUGCAGGCCGUGCGGGCCUGUCACCACGCGGGGCUGGCGUGCGGCCCCUUCUCCCUUCGCGACGUGGCCGUGGACGAGAAGCUGUGCAGCCGGCUCAGAAUUAACCUGCGCGAGUACGAGAAGCUGAAGGAGGCCGAGGGGGAUCGAAGUGCGGCUGAGGAAAGCAGUGCUGCGGAGCACAGUGGGAAGCCAGCGAGGUGCAUGGCUUGCCAGGAGGAGCUCAGGAGCCUUGUGCUGGACUGGGUGCACGGGCGAGUCAGUAACUUCCACUACCUCAUGCAGCUGAAUCGCUUGGCUGGCCGGAGAAUGGGAGACCCCAACUACCACCCGGUUUUGCCCUGGGUGGUGGAUUUCACCACCCGGAACGGCAAGUUCCGAGACCUGCGGAAAUCCAAGUUCCGCCUCAACAAAGGAGACAAGCAGCUGGACUUCACCUAUGAGAUGACCAAGCAGGCCUUUGCGGCCGGAGGAGCCAGCGGAGAACAGCUCCACGUCCCUCACCACAUCUCCGACGUCCUCUCCGACAUCACCUACUACGUCUACACGGCCCGGCGCACCCCCAAGGCCGUGCUCUGCGGCCACGUGCGGUCGCAGUGGGAGCCCAACGAGUAUCCGGCCAGCAUGGAGCGCAUGCAGAGCUGGACGCCGGACGAGUGCAUCCCGGAGUUCUACACGGACCCCACCAUCUUUAGAUCCAUCCACCCCGACAUGCCCGACCUGGCUGUGCCAGCCUGGUGCAGCUCCUGCCAGGAGUUCAUUGAAGUCCAUCGCACGCUGCUGGAGAGCAGGGAAGUCUCUCAGGAUCUUCACCACUGGAUUGACCUCACGUUUGGCUACAAGCUGCUGGGGAAGGACGCGGUCAAAGAGAAGAACGUCUGCCUGCACCUGGGGGACAGCCACAAC